AACGAAGAUCGUGAUUUCCAGGGUGGAAAUCACUUUGACCAGUAUGAAGAGGGCCACUUGGAGCUGGAGCAGGCGUCCUUGGACAAGCCCAUCGAAUCGGUAAGGCUGCAUCCAUCAUCCCGCACCAUUGGACCAGCUGUGAGAGUGGAUGAUUGGUCCAGGGAGGAAUAAGAACCACACCUUUUUACUCCAUUCAUUCUGUCUAGAUGCAUCCCGUGUUUUCUCGAACACACUUGCCACCUAACCUGUAGAAUCACUUGUCUCAUGACCAUUAAUGCCCCUUUUAAGUCCCCCUCUCCCCCCCCUCCACUUCCCAUGUCCUCUGCCUAGUCCAUUUCCUGUGUGACAGUUAAAAUGAUUAUGUAUAUGCUAGAUCCUCCUGUUUUUAUGUACAGAUAACUGAUAAACAUUUGACGAGUCUCUCAUUAGUCAUUGUUAGUCAUCUUAGCACUAUGAGAUGAGAAGACUCUGAAGGCGUGGAGUGGACAAAGCACCGUCUUUACCGGCUGCUUGCUAUCAUUCAGAAGACAUUAGCUAUUUGGUAAUGACACGAUUUUACUCUGGAUACUAGAUAUAGAUUUUAGGGAGUCUGCUGUACAAAGCCCUGUAGUUUUAUUAUAUUUAUUAGGUGAUUUACUUAUUCAACCACUGAUUUAAAAUGUAUGGGGUGUGAUCAUGAAUAAAACCCUCUUAAACAAGAACAAACUCAUGUCACCGGGCAGAUUUUGAUUUAAACGCAGCCUGAUUAUGUAGUUUACAUUUAUACAUCUGGUUAUUUUCCUGUUAAUAAAAAGUGGGCGGUGCUUAUUCCACUCCACUCAGCAGACAAGAGAGCGCACAUAAGAUGGUGUGAAUGGCCACAUUUGUGUUUGAAUGAGCGUGUGUCUAUGUAGCUCUAGAAUUCAUGUUGUUAGUGUUUGUGUCUAUAGGACAGUUAUCUUAUUGUACACAACUUGGGGUGUUCGACAUUUCUCUCCUGCAGCGAAUUGGCCCCUAUUAGCUAAGCAGCAAUGACCCGCCCAGUAUUUUAAAGCCAGGAUAACAUCGGACACAAGCUGCUUCAGAAACAUGGCUGGAAGUUGGGGCAAGGUCUUGGCAAAUCCAUGCAGGCGAUUUGAUCCUGCCCAUGUUGUGCUGAUGGUAAACUUAGUGGACGCACCGACCCCGUGCCCAUCACCCUCAAAUAUGAUGUCAUGGGGAUGGGACGCAUGGAGAUGGAGCUGGACUAUGCAGAGGACGCCACAGAGAAGAGAAGAGUGCUCGAAGUGGAGAAGGAGGACACAGAAGAACUGCGGCAGAAAUACAAGGACCAGGUGGAAAAGGAGAAAGCCAUCGCAAAGGCUCUGGAAGACCUGAGAGCCAAUUUCUACUGUGAGCUAUGUGACAAACAGUACACCAAACACCAGGAAUUUGACAACCACAUCAACUCUUACGACCACGCUCACAAGCAGCGGCUUAAAGAGCUCAAGCAGAGAGAGUUUGCUCGCAACGUUUCAUCCCGGACCCGUAAAGGUGGGAAGAAGCAUGAAAAGAUGCUGCGCAGACUGCAUGAGCUGGCCGAGCAGAGGAAACAACAGGACCGUACUCCAGGAAGUGGGCCCAUGUUCAAACCUACCACAGUUGCGGUGGAUGGAGAGAAGUCAGAAGAUGGCGACCUGACGCCUGAGAACAUGGCUCUAACAGACUGUGUCCUGGAAGGAUCUUUUGCAGACAAAAGUGAGGAAACUUCCCCAAAGCCAGCUCCAACCAUCAGCUUCUCUCUGGGGAAGAGCAGCGCCACUUCCCCAACACCUAGUGGAGCAUCCAAAGUCAGCGUGUCCUUCUCUUUCGCCAAGAAAGCCCCAGUGAAGCUGGAGACGGUUGCUGCAGUGUUUGCAGAUCAUGGAGAGGAAGCUAUGGAGGAAGAGGAGGGCCAGGAGGGAGAAAAGGCCGGAGGGCAAGAGGAGACAUCUGGCAGCAGCACAAACAGCCCGAAGGAAGGAUCAGGAUCAGAAGGAGGGGAAGGAGGAGAGAGCGCUGUCAUCGUGGUGGCGGCGGCGGCGACGACGGAGGAGGUGCAGCAGCCUGACGACGGAGCCUCUUUAGCCUCCACUCUCCACAAACUGAAGAUGAUGAUGAAAAAAGAGGAAGGAUAUGCUGGACAGGAGCCCGAGUACUAUCACUACAUACCUCCGGCUCACUGCCGGGUAAAGCCUCACUUCCAGUUCUUGUUGUUCAUGAAGGCCACUGAUCAGUGUCUGAUCAAAGUGGAAGAGGAAGAGCUGCAGGAGGAGGAGGAGGAAGAUGGAGAAGAGGAGGAAGAGGAAGAAGAAGAGGAGAAGAAGAAGGUUGAAGAUAGUCCUGAACAGACAGAACCCGACGUCACAGAGUGCAUGACUGAAAAAGAACAAGAUAAUAUCACUUCACCCCCGGACCCAGAGCCAGCUCCUCCAUCGCCUAAAUUAGAGAUGGAGGAUGUCUCUUCGUUAGAGGCAGAUACAGCUCCCAUUGUACCCACUUCACCUCCACAAAAAGCAGAGAGCACACAGGAUGCUCCUGAUUCCAACUCAGGUCCUAAAAUCCCCACAGGUCCCUUCUUCCCAGUCCUGAGUAAAGAUGAGAGCACUACCCUGCAGUGGCCCUCUGAGCUCCUCGAGUUCACAAAAGCCCAGCCUUCCCUGUCUUACAGCUGUAAUCCGCUCUACUUUGACUUCAAGCUGUCCCGCAACAAAGGAGUGCGUGGCGGGAAAGCGGCAAAGUCCUCAAAGCCUUGUGAAGAAUCUGAUCACAAGGGGAAAGAGUUGGCUGCCUCCACCGCUGAAGGAGAUAAGACUAAUAAAGCUGGGACCAGCGCUGACAAAGACAAGCCAACGAUGACGGGAGAGCCCGGACAACCAGAAAGUGAGGAGCAAAAGCUUGCAACUGGCAGCAGUAGCGCCAAGAAGAAAAAGAAAAAGAAGAAGCAUAAGAAGUCUGCAAAGCACUCAAAACGCAAAGGAAAAGACAAGGGAGCCAAAGACGAUGCGGAGGGCGAGACUGAGGCGACGCAAGAGAAGCCCAAAAAGAAGAAAAAACACAAACGGAAGAAAAGCAAAAACAAGGCUCCGGAUCAAGAAGAGGCAGCAGGGGUGGAAAAGGAAAAAGUAAAGGAGAAAGAAAAGGAGAAACCAAAGUCAGAAGAAAAAGCUGUUACGGUGACAACUGGAGGGGGAGGGGCUACGGGAAAUACAGGAAAUACAGGAGUAGAGUCGGGGAAGAGGAAACGUGCUGCUAAGGAAGUGCCUUCCAAGUCUGGAGCAGAGGAAGGAGGAGCCGGAAAAGGCACCGACAAGGUCAACUCCUCAGAGGAGCACAGCGCCAAGCGGCGAAAGACGGACUCCAGUGCACCUCAAAGUGCCUCCUGCUCCACCUCGGCCCAAAAGAGUCCCGGUCCCGGUAGACCUCCCAGCAGCGAGAGUGAAGAAGAAGGCGGCUCCAAUGCUCAGCGCUCACGUCAUCACAGGUCAAGUCCUCGGGAACAACGGCGCCACCACAGUGAGGAAUCGCGCCGGUCCUGCAGCCGCUCCUCGAGACGGGGGGAGAGACGGGGCAGCAGUCGCCGACGCCAUCGUGGCCAGACCACCCGCAGUCACUCGUACUCCAGCAGCUCCGAGCGCUCCUCGGCGGGCAGCAGCGCCUACAGCCGCCGGAGCUACUCGGACAGCGACAGCGAAUACAGCAAAGAGGGUCGCAGACGGAGGCACUCCAAACGCUCGUCAGACUCCGAGUAUGAGCGGAGGGGGAGCCGAGGACGGAGACGGUCCAGGAGACAUCGGUCCUCUUCUUCCUCCUCAGAAGACUCCCGCUCACGUUCACGCAGCUACAGCCGCAGGAAGAGGCACCGGCGGCACCAUCGUAGCAGCUCCAGAAGCUCCAGCAGCUGGAGCCGCAGCACCAGCGCGAGAUCCUGGAGGCGCAGCUACAGCCGCAGCCACAGCUCCGCCAGCCGCUCCUCCAGUUCCACCAAAGGCUCGUCUCGCCGACGAGCCCCCAGGGCUCGAGUAGACACCGACGCACAGCGCAAAGACUUCAACCGCUCUUGCAUCUACCGCUCCCAGUCUCCACGUUCAUCUUCGUCGCGAGGCCUUAACCGCAACAAUCAUUCAUCCAGCUCGCAGUCUCUGAGGCCAGGAGGGUCACGGGAUGCAGGGGAGCAGAAGAACAGCCUCACUGCUCGCCAGCUGCUGGAGAAGGUUCAGUCUAAGAAGAGCUCUAAUGAUUCUACCACAGGAACAAAAUCUGGGCUGAAGAUCAAGGACCCACCACAGGGAUACUUUGGUCCCAAACUACCGCCGACCCUGGGAAGCAAAGCCAUGCUGCCGCUCUUUGGUAAGCUGCAGGCUGCGAAGAAACCGAUGAUUCCUCUGACCCGACCCAAUGAGGGAGAGAAGUCGGGAGCAGGGAAGUGCUCUGAGCCAGAGGUUAUCCUGGUAGAGCCCAUCAGGGAGUUCCCCCCUCCACCACCACCUCCGGCUCCACCGGUCCAGAAGGUGGAGGAGGCCCCACAGGUCACAGUGGUGCAGGAGGAGGCACCCCAUCCCACUCCAGAGGCCCAGCUGCACCAAGAACCCCAUCCGUUGUUUGAACAGGACCCUUCCAUGACGAUGCCCCAGUACCAAGUAGAACCGGGACAGGACCCCUCUCAAAAUCCCAUGAUGGACCCGCUCAUGACAGAAAUGCAGCAGCCACCAAUGCACGCCUACCCUGCUUACCCACCGCCCACCCUGGAGGAGGAAGUCAUGGAGGCAGAGGAGGACGGACUGGCUCCUCUAGAGAGUCAGCCCAUUACGUUCACACCGGAGGAAAUGGAGAAAUACAGCAAGCUGCAGCAGGCGGCGCAGCAGCACAUCCAGCAGCAGCUCAUGGCCAAGCAGGUCAAGCAGUUUCCCGCCGCAGCUGCAGCCGCCGCCGCCGCCGCCGCAGCAGCUGCCCAGAUGGUCCCGGCUCCCCCUCCCCAGGCCAUGCAGCAGAUCCACAUCCAGCAGCCCACCAUGUCCAUGCAGUCCGGCACGUCGAUCACCACGGUGCAACACGCCAUCCUGCAGCACCAUGCCGCCACCGCUGCGGCCAUGGGCCUCCACCCGGCACACGCCCACCACCCACACCCUGCACAUGCCCAGUUGGCCCAGGUACACCACCACAUUCCCCAGCACCACCACCUUACCCCCAUCUCCCUGUCUCAUUUGAGCCACUCCCUCGGUCACUCUCUGGGACACCAGCUACAACACGCCGGGCUGAUUCCUGCCCACCACACAGCCUUCCUCUCUGGUCAGCCUAUCCAUAUUAUCCCAGCGUCUGCACUCCACCACAGUCCCUUAGCUCUCCACCAUCUACCACAUGCAGCCCUCUACCCCACCCUUUUCUCACCCCGGCCCUCUCAGGCUGCUGCAGCAGCGGCUCUCCAACUCCACCCACUGCUACACCCAAUCUUCUCAGGGCAGGACCUCCAGCACCCACCCAACCACGGCUCCUGAGUAAUGAUACAAGUGAACGAGUAUAGUCCCAGCACCCAACCACUGGAAGAAAGACUUCACCUGAGCCGGCUUGGUUCAGGACUUUAAGAUGAAGUCUGUGCAGCAACACGCAGGCAGUGAGAGACAGGCAGCUGUCGAUAAACUUCCCUUUGACCGGCCAGCACAGCGCAGACGUUGUAGCCACAAAGUGGUGCUGCCUGUGUUGGGUCCAAAAUGGACGUCAACUUUUUCUUCUGGCUUGUGAGAAUUUUUCUUUUUCAUGUUUUGCCCCAAAUUUGUAAACCGGAGGGGUAGAUUUAACAAGACUUCCUCAACACUUUAGUUUCUAUUCCAGCUUGAGGUCUAUUAACAACACGUAUUUGUGUUUCAGUGAUUAAUCAGAGAAACCACUGGAGUCUCUUUUUUUGUUUUCCACGUACAAAAUAUUCAGUUUUUGUUCAUUCUGACAGCCAAAGAGACGUAACGGCUGACUUCAUGUUAAGAGUACGUGCUCAGCGAACAGCUUCGACUCUGUAAUGUAACCUUCAGAGACGUACUUAUAUUUACUGAUAGUUUGUUUUCAUAUGACUACUUGCUCUCUAUUGGCUCCUCAGUCUCUCUUUGUAAUGCAGUAACUUGUACAUAUAUCAGUGUGUAAUGUGAAGAAUCCCACCAAUGGUGACCACAUGAAAUUACAGCUAUGGUGUACAAAUCGGUAUGACAUAAGAAGGUCCUCUCUCGGGUGACGUCGGGGGCUUGAAUCCCUGAUGCUCUGAGGCAGAGCUCAUGUUCCCUGUGGUGAGGGUGCACCUGAAUAAAUUGCACUGAAAUCUGUACAUCGAGGUGGUGCGUUUGCAUCAUGUAACAAUAAGAUUGUAGUAUACUGCAAUAAUUGUAUUUUUCUGUUUUUAAAUUAUUUUCCAGAAUGCUCUUCAAAAGAAGAGCUGUGUUUUUGCUUUUGUGUAAUUUUGUAAAUAAAACUGCUGUAGAUUAACCUAUUAACAUUCUAGAGGUUUUGGUUUUUGGAAAAAGCAGAAUGAAGAGCUGGAAGGAAGGCGGUCACAUGUACCUAUUUUAUCACGUUUGUUUAUAAAUGAGCCCGCUUCAGAUGGAAAAGAUGGUGAUCUGUCAAACAGUAGCAACUCUGUAUUUUUUAAGAACUUACUGUUUCAGCAAAUAAAAUCUUUGAGUUCA